AUCAAACUACAUGCGGAAUCUAGGGUAUUGACACAGCUAUUCCAAAGGCUGGAGUUAUAUCCUUCUCAUAAACCUUUGCAAAACUAGACUAUAACAGCAUUCUGCUUUUAUUCUAACAUUGCCAUUCUCAAACUCCAGUCCCAUUCAUAACUCUCUCCUCUCUGCCACUCUCACAUUGUUUCAACAGUUUCUGCACAGCCUGCUCGUCUAAACUUGGCCUCAGUCCAAAGCCUCUUGGAGCUUUACAGAGUUCCAGGAGAUCAGAAGCACAGUUACGUUUCGUAUGUUGUGAAAUCGUCAGUCUCUGUGUCUCACUGCAGCAAGAAUGGCAGAAGCAAAUAUUAUGGUAGCAGAGGACCAGUUUAGCUGCCCAGUGUGUCUGGAGAUAUUGAAGGAUCCAGUCACUACAGCAUGUGGACACAGUUACUGUAUGGGGUGUAUUAAGAACUGCUGGGAUCAGACUGAUCAUACAGGUGUCUACAGCUGCCCCCAGUGCAGAGAGACCUUUACCCCAAGGCCUGUUCUGCGCAGAAACACUGUGCUGACUGAAGUUGUGGAGAAAUUAAAGAAGACAAGGUGUAAACCUCCUCCUGUUCAAACUUAUGCUGGACCUGGAGAUGUGCCUUGUGAUUUCUGCACUGGGAGAAAGUUCAAAGCUGUGAAAUCCUGUUUGACGUGCCUGGCCUCUUACUGUGAAACACAUGUCAAGCCACACUAUGAGGGUGCUGCUUUCAAGGGGCACAAGCCGAUCAAUGCAAUUGGAAAUCUGGAGCAGAAGCUUUGUUCUAAACACCAAAAGGUUUUGGAUGUCUACUGUAGAACAGAUCAGAGGUGUAUUUGUGUGUUAUGUACUGUCAAGAAACACAAGAGCCAUGAUACAGUCUCAGCUGAGAAAGAAAGGACUGGAAAACAGAAGCAGCUGGGAGAGACACAGACAGAAAUACAACAGAGAAUCCAGGAGAGACUGAAAGAAACUGAGGAGCUGAAACAGGCUGUGGAGUCACUGAAAAGAUCUGCAUGCAUAGAAAUAAAGGAAAGUGAGAAGAUCUUUACUGAGCUGAUCCGAUCCAUUGAGAAGAUCCACACUGAGGUUAUUGAGCUGAUUGGAGCUAACGAGAAGGCUGCAGUGAAUGAGGCUGAAGGACUCAUGAAGAAACUGGAUCAGGAGAUUGCUGAGCUAAGGAGGAGAAACACUGAGCUGAAACAGCUUUCAGAGACAGAGGAUCACAUCCAUUUUCUACAGAAUUUCCAGUCUCUCUGUGCCCCUCCUGACUUACUCAGCAUUACUGUCAAUACAGACAUCUCUUUUGGGGCUGUGAGGAAAGCUGUAUCUGAACUUAAAGACCAUAUUGAGGACUUCUGCAAGGGUGGAUUAAGCAAAAUAACCAAAACAGUGAAUGAAACAGCAGUUUUUACCCUGGGGUCUAGGAGCAGUGACAGACGUUUCAAAGUGAAUCAAGUUGCAGUUUACAGUCUGCAGACGCCAGAACCAAGGAAAAGAGCUGAGUUUUUAAAAUAUUCCUGUCAGCUCACACUGGACCCCAACACAGCGUAUAGAGAGCUCUGUCUGUCUGAAGGGAACAGAAAGGUGACCCUGAGGGGAGAGACCCAGCUAUAUCCUGAUCACCCAGAGAGAUUUGAUUACUGGGAACAAGUGCUUUGCAGAGAGGGUUUGUCUGGGACUCGCUUUUACUGGGAGAUUGAGUGGAGUGGAGACGGUGCUGAAAUGGGAGUCACAUAUAAAGGAAUCAGCAGGAAAGGAGAAGAUAAUUCCUGUAUCCUUGGACGCAAUGAUAAGUCCUGGAGUUUGGAGUUCGAUGACUCCAGUUACACUGCCUGGCACAAUAACAAGAGAACUGUAAUAACUGCCCCCUGCUCCACCAGAAUAGGAGCAUUUCUGGACUUUAAUGCCGGCACUCUGUCAUUUUAUGGAGUCUCUGACACAAUGACCCUCCUGCACAGAUUCCAAACCACAUUCACUGAGCUGCUCUAUCCUGCGUUGUGGCCUGAUUGUGAUUCCACUGUAUCAAUCUGCCAGCUGAACUAGACUGUUUUGUGUUUUAACACUAGAACGGCCACAUUUAUAGGCAUAUCUAGAACGACCAAGACCAGUCCUUUUGACCGGUGUAUUCAUAACAACAUAAAUAUUAUAAUGAAAGGGCAAAAAAAUCAGAUAUAAGUCAUACUUUUAUUGAGACACAUCAUAUACAGCAUCUCCACAACCGAGAAAAUGUAAAUGAAUGGACAUUCAGACAUAAAUGAGUUUAUAUACAGACGUAUUGCAUAAAGCACAACCAUAAAAAAGAUACAAAAAUAAAUAAAUGUCUGAAAUGAAAUUAAUUAAUUAAUUAAGUAUAUUAUCUAUAUACAAAACUAUACAACUGAAACUAUGUAACUAAGUACCAACAAAGUAAAAUAAAUGGGUGUAUAUUGCCUAUAUACAGUAAAGUACAGUACUGGUAUAUGACAAAGUGCAUACAGAACUGAAAAUGGAUGUAAAAAAAAUGUGUCUGUAUAAAUGUGUUUAUACAGUCAUAAUAUAAUCUAAAUGACAAACAAAUAAAUAUUUGGACAGAA